AUGCACUCCAUCAUAUUAUUUCCUCAACUGAUCAAAUGCCUACAGGAUGCCUAUAGGAAACUUAAACGUGGAUAUAAUCAUGCCCUUAAGAACCAACCUAUUUCUAAUCCUGGAGUGUUUCCACAAAUUGAGGGGAAAGCUCUUCCUAAUUCAUGUUGUGUGAAUUAUUCCCUUCCUAUUCAACAUGAGUAUUAUCAGCCCGGAGACUUCAUCAUUGGUGCAAUCUUUUCUCAACUCUUCAUGCCAAAAUUCGAUCCAUUAUUCUUCACUGAGAAUCCCCUGGCAAUGGUUGAAGACAUGUAUACCACAGUGCCCAAGAAUUAUCAGCAUGUUCUGUCAAUGGUGUUUGCUGUGAAUGAGAUCAAUGAGAACCUAAAACUUUUACCAAACAUCACCUUGGGGUUCCAGAUCUAUGAAAGUUACUUCAGUGCAUGCAUGGCUAAUCAAAAUACGCUGAACCUUGUAUCUCGCCAUAACAAGACUGUCCCCAAUUACAAGUGUGAUGUUGAAAGGAAUCUGAUAGCAGCCAUUGGGGGCCUUGAUUCUGAAAUCACUCUACACAUGGCCUCCAUCUUAACCCUUUACAAAAUUUCUCAGAUGACUCCUAGUGAAACUUUUCAGUUGAAUGGACUUGUCCAGCUUCUGUUAUAUUUUCAAUGGAAAUGGGUUGGGAUCAUUGCCCUAGGAGAUGAGAAAGGAGAAAUAUUUGUGCAAAUCUUAUCAUAUCUGCUUUUUGAGAAAGAAAUCUGUAUAGCCUUCACAGAAAGAACACCUAGUCAUGAGUAUUUUUUUCAGAUAGAUAAACUGAUCAGUCAAUUAAAGAAUAUAGUUCUAUCUCUCCAUCAGUCAAAUGCCAGUGUAGUUGUUGCAAAGGCAGAUACACAUGCCAUGUUGGAUAUUCAUUGGUUGGAGUUUGUGGUUAACAAUUUCAAAUUACAGCCUAUUGACAAAGUGUGGGUUGUCACAGCUCCUUGGGAUUUCUCAUCUGAAACAUUUCACAGACAGAUAAGUAUACAGAUCUUCCAUGGAGCCUUAUCAUUUGCAAUUCAUUCCAAGGAGAUGAGAGAUUUCCAAAAUUUCCUUCAUAAAUUGAAUCCACGUUCUGAAGCGGAUGGCUUUGUCAAGCUUUUCUGGGAACAAGCAUUUGACUGUGUAUUUGAAGAUGCAGGUGCAGGGGAGAAUCAGCUGACAUCCUGCACUGGAAAUGAGCAGCUGGAGAACAUUCCUGGACCUCUUUUUGAAAUGCAGAUGACGGGUCAAAGCUACAGCAUCUACAAUGCAAUCUAUGCUGUGGCUCAUGCUUUCCAUGCUAUGGAUUCAUCCAAAAUUAAACACAGAUUGGGGAUUGUUGAGUCUUCAAAACUACAACAUUUUCAGAUCCACCCUUUUCUGAAGGAAAUCUCAUUUAACAACUCUGCUGGAGACACCUUGUUUUUUAAUGCGAAUGGUGAAUUAGUAGGUGGAUUUGAUAUUAUCAACUGGAUAACUUUUCCAAAUCAAUCUUUCUUAAAAGUGAAAGUCGGGAAAAUGGAUCCUCAAGCUUCAUGGGACAAACAGUUGUCUAUUAAUGAGAAGAUUAUCACCUGGCAUUAUACAUUUGGAGAGGUUGUGCCCUUGUCCCUGUGUAACCACCGCUGCCUCCCAGGCUAUAGCAGACAAAGCAAAGAAGGGGAACCAUUUUGCUGCUAUGGUUGUGCUGAAUGUCCAUCAGGAAAGAUUUCCAAUCAGACAGAUAUGAAUGACUGCUUCAAAUGCCCUGAAGAUCAAUAUCCUAACAAAGAAAAAAAUCAAUGCCUUUCCAAGGAAGUAAAUUACCUGAGUUAUCUUGAUCCUCUAGGCAUAGGUUUGUCUGUUGUGGCUCUUGCUCUUUCUACAACCACAGUCUUGGUGCUUGGAGUCUUUAUUAAGCACCAGAAGACUCCCAUUGUCAAAGCUAACAACCAAAUUCUCACUUACGUUCUCCUUAUUUCACUCCUUCUCUGCUUUCUCUGUUCUCUGUUGUUCAUCGGCUGCCCCCAGCUACUGACUUGCCUUUUCCGACAAACUACAUUUGGGAUCAUCUUCUCAGUGGCUGUUUCUUCUGUCCUGGCCAAAACAAUCAUAGUGGUUCUUGCUUUCAUGGCUACUAAACCAGGAGCUGGAAUAAGGAAAUGGGUAGGGAAAAGAUUUGCGUUUGCUAUUGUUUUGUGUGGCUCGCUUAUUCAAACAUGUAUUUGUGUGAUAUGGCUGGGUACUGAUCCUCCAUUUCUAGAUUUAGAUAUGACAACUCUACCUGAAGAAAUUGUAGUGGAAUGUAAUGAAGGAUCAGGCAACAUGUUUUAUUAUAUUCUGGGCUACAUGGGUUUUCUGGCUAUCAUUAGCUUCAUGGUAGCUUUCUUUGCUCGGAAAUUGCCAGACACAUUUAACGAAGCCAAAUUUAUCACCUUCAGCAUGUUGGUCUUUUGCAGCGUCUGGUUGUCAUUUGUCCCUACUUAUCUAAGUACCAAAGGGAAAUACAUAGUGGCUGUGGAGAUCUUCUCCAUCCUGGUUUCUAGCACUGGAUUACUGGGUUGCAUCUUUGCUCCAAAAUGUUAUAUCAUCAUUUUGAGGCCUGAUCUUAAUAGCAAAGGACAAUUAAUAAGAAAUAACAAAAAGGAAAAUAGCUUUUGA